CACCUGUCCUGGUCUGCCGCCUCCUCUUGCUGCUACUGGUACUGCAGCACCAGACACAGCCACAGAUUCAGGAUCCACAGCAUCAAGUGCUGAAUUGUGUGGCAUCACUCCCCUGAACAACAGGAUAGUUGGAGGUGAAGAUGCUCCAGCUGGAAGUUGGCCCUGGCAGGUUAGUCUGCAGAGAUUUGGCGGCCAUGUUUGUGGUGGUUCCCUCAUCAACAGAGAGUGGGUGAUGUCUGCUGCUCACUGCUUCUCCAGUUCGAGUACGUCUGGAUGGAGAGUUUCUCUCGGUCGUCAGAACCUGCAGGGUGCAAACCCAAACGAAGUGUCCAGACGUGUUUCCAGAAUCAUUUUGCAUCCAAACUAUGACAGUGACACCAGCAACAACGACAUUGCUCUGCUCAGACUCUCCUCACCAGUCACAUUCACAGACUACAUCAGACCUGUGUGUCUGGCAGCCAGUGACAGUGUGUUCAACAGCGGUACUGAUAGCUGGGUCACUGGCUGGGGCGCAGUGGAGGAGGGAGUGUCAUUACCGUUCCCUGAAACUCUUCAAGAAGUGGAGGUGCCAGUUGUGGGAAACAGACAGUGUAACUGUCUGAAUGGAGUGGGUACAAUCACAGACAACAUGAUCUGUGCUGGUCUUCUGGCAGGAGGCAAAGACUCAUGUCAGGGUGACUCAGGAGGUCCAAUGGUGAACCAGCAGGGCUCCGUGUGGGUCCAGUCUGGAGUUGUUAGUUUUGGUUUUGGCUGUGCUCGUCCCAAUCUGCCUGGAGUCUACUCCAGAGUGUCCAGUUACCAGUCCUGGAUCAACUCCCACAUCAGCUCUGAUCAGCCAGGCUUUGUGCGCUUCACCUCCAGUGGGCUGGAUGCUGACAGCAGCUUCACCUGUCCUGGUCUGCCUCCUCCUCCUGCUGCUGCUACUGGUACUGCAGCACCAGACACAACUACAUCUCCAGGAUCCACAGUUUCCAGUGCUGAAUUGUGUGGCAUCACUCCCCUGAACAACAGGAUAGUUGGAGGUGAAGACGCUCCAGCUGGAAGUUGGCCCUGGCAGGUUAGUCUGCAAAGAUUUGGCGGCCAUGUUUGUGGUGGUUCCCUCAUCAACAGAGAGUGGGUGAUGUCUGCUGCUCACUGCUUCUCCAGUUCGAGUACGUCUGGAUGGCAGGUUUCUCUCGGUCGUCAGAACCUGCAGGGCGAAAACCCAAACGAAGUGUCCAGAACUGUUGCCAGAAUCAUUCUGCAUCCAAACUAUGACAGUGACACCAGCAACAACGACAUUGCUCUGCUCAGACUCUCCUCACCAGUCACAUUCACAGACUACAUCAGACCUGUGUGUCUGGCAGCCAGUGACAGUGUGUUCAACAGCGGUACUGAUAGCUGGGUCACUGGCUGGGGCGCAGUGGAGGAGGGAGUGUCAUUACCGUUCCCUGAAACUCUUCAAGAAGUGGAGGUGCCAGUUGUGGGAAACAGACAGUGUAACUGUCUGAAUGGAGUGGGUACAAUCACAGACAACAUGAUCUGUGCUGGUCUUCUGGCAGGAGGCAAAGACUCAUGUCAGGGUGACUCAGGAGGUCCAAUGGUGAACCAGCAGGGCUCCGUGUGGGUCCAGUCUGGAGUUGUUAGUUUUGGUUUUGGCUGUGCUCGUCCCAAUCUGCCUGGAGUCUACUCCAGAGUGUCCAGUUACCAGUCCUGGAUCAACUCCCACAUCAGCUCUGAUCAGCCAGGCUUUGUGCGCUUCACCUCCAGUGGGCUGGAUGCUGACAGCAGCUUCACCUGUCCUGGUCUGCCUCCUCCUCCUGCUGCUACUGGUACUGCAGCACCAGACACAGCUACAGAUGCAGGAUCCACAGAUUCCAGUGCUGAAUUGUGUGGCAUCACUCCCCUGAACAACAGGAUAGUUGGAGGUGAAGAUGCUCCAGCUGGAAGUUGGCCCUGGCAGGUUAGUCUGCAGAGAUUUGGCGGCCAUGUUUGUGGUGGUUCCCUCAUCAACAGAGAGUGGGUGAUGUCUGCUGCUCACUGCUUCUCCAGUUCGAGUACGUCUGGAUGGCAGGUUUCUCUCGGUCGUCAGAACCUGCAGGGCGAAAACCCAAACGAAGUGUCCAGAACUGUUGCCACAAUCAUUCUGCAUCCAAACUAUGACAGUGACACCAGCAACAACGACAUUGCUCUGCUCAGACUCUCCUCACCAGUCACAUUCACAGACUACAUCAGACCUGUGUGUCUGGCAGCCAGUGACAGUGUGUUCAACAGCGGUACUGAUAGCUGGGUCACUGGCUGGGGCGCAGUGGAGGAGGGAGUGUCAUUACCGUUCCCUGAAACUCUUCAAGAAGUGGAGGUGCCAGUUGUGGGAAACAGACAGUGUAACUGUCUGAAUGGAGUGGGUACAAUCACAGACAACAUGAUCUGUGCUGGUCUUCUGGCAGGAGGCAAAGACUCAUGUCAGGGUGACUCAGGAGGUCCAAUGGUGAACCAGCAGGGCUCCGUGUGGGUCCAGUCUGGAGUUGUUAGUUUUGGUUUUGGCUGUGCUCGUCCCAAUCUGCCUGGAGUCUACUCCAGAGUGUCCAGUUACCAGUCCUGGAUCAACUCCCACAUCAGCUCUGAUCAGCCAGGCUUUGUGCGCUUCACCUCCAGUGGGCUGGAUGCUGACAGCAGCUUCACCUGUCCUGGUCUGCCAGUUCCCUCAACAUCUUCACCGACCAAAAAACCAAGUACUACUUCCCAAAUUGCAACCACUUCUGCAUCUUCAGUGUGUGGCAAAGCUCCAAUGAACAGUCGUGCCAUAGGUGACAGUGGUUUUGUACCUGGAGGGACGUGGCCCUGGAUGGUUAGUCUCCACAAAAAUGGGGUCUACACUUGUGGAGGAUCCCUCAUCUCUCGCCGUUUCGUCCUUACUUCUGCACAAUGCUUCUCCACCUCCAAUCCAGAUGCCCGUGAGUGGAGUGUGUUUGUGGGCCAGCAACUUGUGAAUGGCUCUGAAGAGUUUGAGAUGUCUGUUGGUGUUGCGAGGAUUAUACUGAGCCAAAUGACAGGUUCCAAUAUUGCAGUGCUGCUGCUGACUGAACCGGUCAUAUUGACAGAUUAUACCCAGCCCGUGUGUUUGGAUGUCAGCAGCGACAGAACCUUCCCCAGUGGGAGUCGCUGCUGGGUGGCAGGUUGGGAGAUGGGCAGCAAGAGCAAAGCUGGUUCGAACCUCCGAGACCUUGAAACUGAGGUGGCCAAUUGUGGGAAUAGUUCUAAUUCGGAGAACAUCUGCACUUAUGCCAUGGACCUUCAACAGGGGGAUCAGGGCACCCCUCUGCUGUGCAAGUCGGACACGUCUUGGUUCCAAGUGGCCGUUGUAUCAGUGAGUGAAAGCAAAUCACUUCGCGCUGAUAUUCAGGUCUUUGCCAAAACUUCAAGAUACGGGUCCUUCUUAAAGGAGACAGUUGACGACAUGCCGUCCCCUGCAUCAGCUGCAGCGGGUUUCUCAAUUUCAUUAUUCCUGUCUUUCGUUGUUCCUGUUACCUCAGUGUUUCUGUUGUCAGGGUGGUAGGUCUGUUGUCAGCUUGGGUGGUUGAAGUUGUUCAUCAUUGCCCUCUCCAUGAAGGCAAGUUCUAUUUGCACCCAGGUGUCCUUUGCCAGUAAUGCUAUGUCCAAAUAUGACGUUAACACGAACAGGUCUAUUUAGCUAUUCUGAUAAAGUUUAUUUACACAGUGUAUAUUCAGCAGCUUUAUACAACCCAAAAAUAAUAAGUCAGCACUGACUUAUAUCCCCGUCUCCUGUGUGAAAGUUCUGUGCUUGACACAUUUACCCACCACAUCUUACUCCCCCAGUGGACUGAGUCGCUCUUUAUCCUACAUCACCUGGCCUUCUGGCAGUACAUUUUUGAGUUUAUUUGUGUAAAUUUACCACUUUAAUCUCAGAGAAUAUUCAAGAUUGGCUCAUACUAGCCCUAACCAUGACCCCUUUACCCUAAUCUCAACCACUUCGAUGAGGACACAUCAAAUAUGGAUGGGUGUAAAUAGCUGAACAGCUGCAGUGUGACUAACUUCACCCAGGUGCAAAUAAACACUCCGCUCUGUAAAUGCACUAAAGAUACUCAGGUCACUUGUCAGGCACUUCCUGAAAAGUUUAUUUUUAUAAUAACAAAAAAUGUUUUACUGUAGUACGAUGAAUUUUUUCUAUGAAUAAAUUGUACAGAGAAAUGCCUUUUUAUCGCGUGUUUCACUGAAUCCAGUUAAAUGAAGGAACUUCUGUGUUAUUUAUUCUGUAUUCCACUUCACCUCUGAUGUCUUUCUACUUAAAAAUGCAAUGUUAACUCAUGUAUGAAGGUAAAUCCUCUUAAAUAAAGACAAAAAAAAAUUUAAUCACAUGUAUAAUAAAUAUCGAUGAAGCAUAAAAUAAAUGUCUCAGUGUUGCUGUUUCACUUUCAGCAGUUUUACAGUACAAGAUGGGAUAAAACCAGAGUCCAGGUGGUCAUACUGUGUUUUUCACUUCACAAUAAAUUCUACAAAUUGACACGCAUAGCUCACAGAAAAUACAAAAGCAAAAAUGUCACUGUAGCCAAACAGUGAGUUAUUCAGUCCAAAAUUUGAGUCAGAAAAAUGUACAGUCAUUUUGUAAAGCCUCCUGCCACAUGGCAUCACAUGGGCUGUGUCUGAAAACACUCUCUAAUGGCACAACAUUCACCCUCCACCAUUUUAUACAAUUAUUGUGCAUCUGUGAUAUAAGUUAAGUAGUUCCCACCUUUUUUUAAAUAAAUUAAUUUU